CUCUGAAUGUUUUCUCCUUAUUAAACCCUCUUCCUCCUCUCUGAAUGUGUUCUCCUUAUUAACCCCUCUUCCUCCUCUCUGUUUUCUCCUUAUUAAACCCUCUUCCUCCUCUCUGAAUGUUUUCUCCUUAUUAACCCCUCUUCCUCCUCUCUGAAUGUUUUCUCCUUAUUAAACCCCUGUUUGAAAUGUAUUUGAACCUUCCGAUGAAGAUAACCUGCUAUUGUACGACACAGUGUUCUGCCUGCUGUUACAAUGUUUUUAAAUAGAGAAUUAAAGUGGCCUUUCUAUUGUUACGACGAUGGCCGUGUUAUGGAACCAUGUGUGAGUCUGUGUGGGACACGAUGGCCGUGUUAUGGAACCAUGUGUGUCUCUGUGUGGGACACGAUGGCCGUGUUAUGGAACCAUGUGUGAGUCUGUGUGGGACACGAUGGCCGUGUUAUGGAACCAUGUGUGAGUCUGUGUGGGACACGAUGGCCGUGUUAUGGAACCGUGUCUGUGUGGACACGAUGGCCGUGUUAUGGAACCGUGUCUGUGUGGGACACGAUGGCUGUGUUAUGGAACCAUGUGUGUCUCUGUGUGGACACGAUGGCUGUAUUAUGGAACCGUGUCUGUGUGGACACGAUGGCUGUGUUAUGGAACCAUGUGUGUCUCUGUGUGGACACGAUGGCUGUAUUAUGGAACCGUGUCUGUGUGGACACGAUGGCUGUGUUAUGGAACCAUGUGUGUCUCUGUGUGGACACGAUGGCUGUAUUAUGGAACCGUGUCUGUGUGGACACGAUUGCUGUGUUAUGGAACCAUGUGUGUGUCUGUGUGGGACACAGGAGCGACGGCAAACUGUAACUAAAUGCUCAAAUGGUUGUAAUAAUGUCUAAUUGAAAUCCUUAUUUUAAUAGUGUUUUAUUGUCAUAUGUUUCCCAACUGAAUAAUAAUAAACAUCUUCAAGCAUACCGUCUACUGUACCAAUGUUAUUCUUUCACCGCGAUUGUGUUGGGUUACAUUUGCCUUGUGGCUCUAGUAGUAAACUGUCUCAAACUUUCACAGGAUGCUAUCGUCUUUCACAGAAUGCUACGGUCAAGAGUAGUCGUCUUUCACAGAAUACUACGGUCAAGAGUAGUCGUCUUUCACAGAAUGAUAGUCAGGAGUAGUCAGCUUUCACAGAAUGAUAGGAGUAGUCCUCUUUAGAAACAAUACAUUGACAUCUCUUAGAUCCGCACACUGCUGUGGCCCGUGCGCAUGUAAUGGCUCUUUAACGGGGCUCGGUCCUAGCGGUUCUUAGAGUUUGGGUCACGUGCCAAGAUCGGCUUUGCCAGCCGGUAGAGGCUCGACUGUGUUACCGCUAGCGUACCGCUUAAUGAGAGAGUGAAAGAGAGAGAGAGAGGUGUUGUUGAUAUUGUAAACCGGUGACAGGUAUCGUCCCUUACGUCGUGUCCUUCUUAUCUUACCUUUCGGUACUCCCCUUGGUGGUGUGUAUAAAGAGAGAACAAAAGAUGCCGCGAGGCUGAGUGAGUUUAACGGGAAGAUGCUCCUCGUCAGUGUGCCUGUGCUCCUUCUGCUUUCGGUAGUCGGUAAAGAUGCGGCUGACCUCCCCGCGACAGACGCGUCGUUUCUUCCGGACCUGGAGCUGCGUAGCGGGGGACAACGCGGUCCGUCGCUACCCGCUUCUCCGACCACCUCUCUAGACCGCUUCCAGGUUCAGCCCCGGGAGGAGUAUGCCUCGCCGGGUAUUGCCUUGGCCCGGUCCGUCGAGGAACCGUCCGCGACCACGGAGGACGGCGGCGAGUCGCACCGCCACGGCGGGGGGUUUCAGAUGGUGCAGUGGGAAUGGAGCUAUGUUCAGACGCCUUACAUUAUCGCUAUAUGGAUCCUGGUGGCCAGCGUCGCGAAAAUCCUGUUCCACUUCUCCCAGCGGUUCACCACGGUGGUCCCAGAGAGCUGUAUGUUGAUCUUACUGGGCCUGGUACUGGGUGGCAUCGUACUGCUGACCAGUAAGAAACAGCUGUACCAGCUAGAGCCUGGCCUCUUCUUCCUUUUCCUCCUGCCCACCAUCGUAGGUGACGCCGGGUAUUUCAUGCCCGCGAGGCUCUUCUUUGACAAUCUGGGAGCCAUCUUACUGUAUGCUGUGGUGGGAACUCUCUGGAAUGCCUUCUGUACAGGCUUCUGCCUCUACGGGGUCAAACUGCUGGGGAUCAUAGACCAGAAGGUUCAGGCAGGUCUGAUGGAGUUCCUGUUGUUUGGGGCGUUGAUCUCUGCGGUGGACCCAGUGGCGGUGCUGGCCGUGUUCGAGGAGGUCCACGUCAACGAGACUCUCUUCAUCAUCGUCUUCGGAGAGUCCCUGCUCAACGACGCCGUCACCGUGGUGUUGUAUAAGGUGUACAUGUCCUUCGUGGAGGUGGGCCCUGAGAAUGUUCAGACAGCUGACUAUUUCAAAGGAGUGGCCUCAUUCCUCAUCGUCAGUAUUGGGGGGACCAUGGUGGGUCUGAUCUUUGCUGCUCUCCUAGCCUUCAUCACACGUUUCACCAAGAAGGUCCGCAUCAUUGAGCCUCUAUUGGUCUUCCUCAUGGUCUACCUGGCCUACCUCACCGCUGAGCUCUUCUCUCUGUCCGCCAUCUUGUCAAUGACGUUCUGUGGUAUCGGCUGUAACAAGUACGUGGAGGCCAACAUAUCCCAGAAAUCUCGUACCACGGUGAAGUACACGAUGAAAACCCUGGCCAGCAUCGCCGAAACCAUCAUCUUCAUCUUCCUGGGCAUCUCAGCCGUGGACAAAUCUAAGUGGGCCUGGGACACAGGACUCAUCUCCUGUACGCUCAUCUUCAUCUUUGUCUUCAGGGCCCUGGGUGUGGUCAUGCAGACCUGGGUGUUGAACUGGUUCCGCCUCGUCCCAUUGGACAAGAUCGACCAGGUGGUGAUGUCGUACGGUGGCCUGCGAGGGGCGGUGGCGUUUGCCUUGGUGGUGCUGCUGGACGCAGAACGGGUCCCGGCUAAAGACUACUUCGUGGCCACAACCAUCAUAGUGGUUUUCUUCACUGUGAUGUUCCAGGGUCUGACCAUCAAGCCUCUAGUGAACUGGCUCAAAGUACCUCGUGCCACCAACCGCAAGCCCACCAUCAACGAGGAGAUACACGAGCGUGCCUUUGACCAUUGUCUGACUGCAGUGGAAGACAUCGCUGGACUCAACGGUUACCACCACUGGAGAGACAAGUGGGAGCAGUUUGACAAGAACUACCUGAGCAAGCUGCUGCUGCGGAAGUCUGUGUACCGGAAGAGCGAGCUGUGGGAGGUCUAUCAGAAAAUCAAUAUUAGAGACGCCAUCAGUGUUAUAGACCAGGGUGGCAACGUGCUAACCUCUGCCAGGCUCUCUCUGCCCUCCAUGGCCUCCAGGGCAUCUUUCCCAGAGGUCACCAACGUCACCAACUACCUGAGAGAGAACGGUAGUGGGGUCUGUCUGGACCUCCAGGUGAUUGACAACGUGCCGGGAGCCAAGGUGGAGGAGGAGUCAGAAACGCAUCACUUCCUGGCUGGGAACCUGUACAAGCCCAGGAGACGGUACCAGUCCCACUACAGCAGACACUUCAUGACAGUGGGGGACCACGAGCGUCAGGACAGAGAGAUCUUCCAGAGAAAUAUGAAGAGUCGCAUGGAGACGUUCAAGACCACCCGACACAAACGCCACAGCCACAAGAAGGACCGCAGCCAGAAAAAGCGGAGAGGAUCAGACGUUAAAGAACAGGACCUCAACGACAAACCUCGACGGAACGUCAGCUGGCAGGACAAAGAUCCUGUGGUGGUGACAGUGGAGUCUGAGGAUGAGAAGGGGGAACACUUGGAGCCAGAGAAGGAGGAGGACGUUGGCAUCACCUUUGUGGCUCGAAAGGUUCCAGACACGCCCAAAGAACGACCCAAAUCUGUCCCGGCUGGUCUGGAGGUGUGUCAGAGCCCCUCCGUGGCCCCGCCCUCCCCCACCUGCAGUGAGAGGAACCUGCCCUGGAAGGGCGGCAUCGGAACCCUGCCGGUGUGUGUUUCCAUGGAGGCUACUAAAAUCAUCCCCAUAGACCUGCAGCAGGCUUGGAACCAGAGCAUCUCCUCCUUAGAGAGCCUGGCCUCUCCGCCGGGCCCCGUAGAGCCCUUACACCCCCGCGUCAGCGCCCUCUCCAGGCUGGGAGGGCAACGUCCUGUCUCAUACUCUGGUAGUGGAGUUAGUGGCUCUGGUUUUGGAUCCAGAGGGGCUGGGUCAAUAGUGGCUCAGGGCAUCGCUCGGUUUGAGUUCCCUCCAGGAGGAGAGGAGAAGGAGGAGGAAGAGGGAGCCUUGUCUGAUCAGGAGCAGGAGCUGCAGCCCCUCGUGUCAUCCCUGUGAGGCCCCCCGCCCCCUCCCCCCCUGGCCCAGGGUCUAGGGCGGAGGAGGAACCCCUGUGUGUACCUGAGGAGCCUGGUCACAGCGCCCCCUCCUGGCAGUGAGCCGCUGGCACGCAGCAGAGGGCCCACUCAGCUUUAAUAGCUCCAACCACAUCUCUGGUGUUGCCCCGGCGACCCAGAUCUAGGAUCAGCUUACUCAACCAAGUCCCUAACCAAUACCUACUAGGGAGAACAACACAAGACUGAUUUCAAAUCAGCUUUUAUGGGCAAUCACGUCCCUCACUGCCUCACACACUCAACAACAGAACAGUCACCCAACCACACACACCAGCUCAGGCCGUCCAACCCCCUCAGCUCUGCUACUUCUCCUUCCAGACGACGAGUCUUCAUCUCCUUCAAUAACUCUGGAUCCACUGUCUCUAUAGAUUCAGACAUACAUUACAAACACACACACACACACACACACACAGGAUAUUGGACUAAUACAGCGAUGAUGAUAUUGAGGAAGUAUAGUGAGCAUCCCAUAAUGAGCACCCUAUUCCCUAUAUAGUGCACUACUUUUGACCAGGGCCCCAAUAGGGAAAAGGGUGCCAUUUGGGACGAAGGCUAAGAGUUUUGAUGUGGCAGCUGGUACAGUCACAGAUAGACAGACACAGUGCAUUGUGGUCCAGGGUUGGGGCCGUCCGUCCAUGUGGUAAAACAAUACCAGUUUCCAGAGAGAGUGUUGUUGAUUGAUGACCAGAUCCUGGUCCCUGAUUGGUUCUAUCCCCCCCAGGUCCCUGCAGGGGUCGAGGUUCUGCUCUGUCUGUUUCAUACACUUGAGUAUAAGUCAAUGUCAAGAUGUAAGCCGAUUUGGGAAAUAUAUCUGUCCACAGCCGGACGGCCGCAUUACCCAGGCCUUAUGGGGUGUGUCCAUCUAACAUCAAACGCUCCAUUCAACCCCCAGUCCUCUCCUCUCCUCUCCUCUCCUCUCCUCUCCUCCUCUCCUCUCCUCUCCUCUCCUCUCCU